AACGCCACUGCGCCAUGUUAUCGAGGAGGAAAACGAGUGAAAACGUCGCUGCUGCUCCACCACGAACGCGUUUAAAUCUCCAUUACCACUAAAUAUAACCUCCAUAUUUUUAACUCAUCCUCUUUAAACCUCGCACAGUGGCCUACUGGCCCAAACUUGUCGUUUUCUCACCGUUUUCCAUUGGUUUUGAAGGCCGAAAUGGCUGCCAUGUGUUUUUAAAGGCGUAAUGCGGCAACACUAAUGCAUCGGGCAAUGCAUCAUGCACGGAGGAAACAGCUGCGAAACUCCAUCUUCGCCACUGCAAAGCAGCUGGGCUCCAGUACCGUCAGAGGUAUACCUGCGAGCCAGCCGGUGCCGCUGCUCCUGGACCGGAGGAGGAGGAGGAGGGGAGACCCUGAACACCAACACUAAUCAAUAACCAAUCAAUCAUCAAUAAUCAAUAACAUGAAGCCUCAAGACAUCGUCGCCGGGAAGCCCAGCAUGUGGAUCUUCGGGUACGGGUCUCUGGUGUGGAAGCCGGACUUCAAGUACAGGAGGAGCCAGGUGGGCUUCAUCCAGGGCUACAAGAGGCGCUUCUGGCACGGAGACAACUUCCACCGCGGAGACGACCAGCUGCCCGGAAGAGUGGUGACGCUGAUUGAAGAUGAUGACGCGAGCACUUGGGGUGUGGCGUUCGAGGUGACAGGCGCCGAGGUGGAAGAGUCCCUGAAGUACCUCACGGUGCGCGAGACGGUCCGCGGAGGCUACGUCACCAAGACGGUGGAGUUCUUCCCCGAGGGCGAGAACCAGCCCCCGGUUCAGGCGCUGGUGUACAUCGCCACGUCGGAGAACGCCCUGUACCUGGGGCCGGCCAGCCCGGAGAUGAUCGGAGUCCAGAUCGCCGUGAGCAGAGGGAAGACGGGCCACAACCUGGAGUACCUGCUCCGACUGGCGGAGUUCAUGAGGCUCAGCUGCCCACAGGUGGAGGACCAUCACCUGUUCUCCAUCGAGGCGGCGGCGCUGACCGUGGUGUCCUAUCUGUUAACGGCCCAGUAGCUCGUACCCUUUGUCUCACUAGCUUAAAUAGUGGAGGAACACAUCUCACACACACACACAUACAUGAAGUCCACCUGUAUUUAAUGUCGUAAAAUCUAACUACUGCUACUGAAAUAAUAAUAAUAAUAAUAAUAAAAGGGAAGCAUGAUAUUAGGUGUUUUUUUUUUUUUUUUUUUUUCUGAUUUAUGACCUCAUGUUCACAUUGUAGUGUUAACUCCUGUUGCACGUUGGUACAUCCCUUUACAAAAUGUAUGAAGAAUGGGUUGUUCUUUACUGUAAACAUCUGUGCAGUUUUGUUUAAAAAAAAAAAAAAAAAAAAAAAAGCACUUUAACAUUUUUGCACAUUUCAAAUAACGUCCGUUCCAAACUGAGUACACCAAGGAAUUGUGUGGCAAUUCCACAAAAAGCUGCUGUGGUGUUGUGUCUAUUUUUUUGUUUUGUUUUGUUUUUUUAAAGGCGCGGAUCUGUUUUAAAAAGUUGCUGUUGGCAACUUUUUUAUCCAGUUGCAAAUGCCAAUAAAAAGUCA